GCCGGCGGAGUGAAAACCUCGGCCAAGGGUGCCCCGCUGCGGCAUUCAGUGCUUCAGACGGAGGGGCGAGGAAGGCGCGUCCUGCGGGGGCCGGCGCGGUGCCGCUGGCGCGGCGCGGCGCUCCCGGCUCCAUGCUCAUAUUUGGCCUCGGCGGCCGGUGCCCAGGAAUUUCCCGUCAUGCCCCUCGCCGCCGGGGCCCGUCACCGCCAUCCCGGGGGGGGCCGCGGCCGCUCGGGCCUCUGUCCCCAUGCGCGCUGCGCCGCCGCCGCUGCUCCUCUCCGCGCUCUUCCUGGCGGCCGCCGCAGGAGCCGCAGCUCUUGCCCCUGUUCUUUGCCUCUGGUUUUGUUGGUGAGGAUAUCACAGUGAUGUCUGCAUUCAACCUGCUGCAUUUGGUGACAAAGAGCCAGCCAGUGGCCCUGCGAGCCUGUGGGCUUCCCUCAGGGUCAUGUAGGGAUAAAAAAGACUGUAAGGUGGUCUUUUCCCAGGAGGAGCUGAGGAAGCGGCUGACACCCUUGCAGUACCAUGUCACUCAGGAGAAAGGGACUGAAAGUGCCUUUGAGGGGGAGUACACACAUCAUAAAGCUCAAGGAAUAUACAAAUGUGUUGUUUGUGGAACUCCUUUAUUCAAGUCAGAAACAAAGUUUGACUCCAAUUCAGGUUGGCCUUCCUUCUAUGAUGUGAUCAGUCCCGAUGCACUUACUUUCACUGACGAUUUCUCCUAUGGGAUGCACAGAAUUGAAAUUUCCUGCAGUCAGUGUGGUGCUCACCUGGGGCAUGUUUUUGACGAUGGACCUCGUCCAACUGGCAAACGAUACUGCACAAACUCUGCUUCAUUGUCUUUCAAGCCAGUAGACAAGAACAACGCUGGAGAAGGCAGCAGUAACACCCGUCCUGCCCAAACAGGCAAAGCUGAGCUGUAGGACAAAGCAAGGCCUACAGAAAACUGUUUGGAUCCCACAGAGCUUACAAGGAAUGUUUUCUAAAUUGCCUGCUAUCUUAUAUCCUAAGAAUAUUUAAAAGCUUGAAACCAUUUUGCAGCAUCCUUUUUUCUUCUUUUCUUUCUUUUUUUUUUUUUUUGGAGUUAAGGCCUGGCUUGCCAGUGCAUUAUACUAUGUAAUUGAAUUUUAAAAUGUGCUGCCUGAAUCCACAGCUUUUCCUUUUCUGUUUUGGAGAUCGCUUUGGGGAAUCUUUAAAUUAAGAGGCUUUGGCACCAUUGGUUAUUAGUUUCUUUUAAUGCUGAAUUACUCUCUAGGUUUGAACUAUUCUCCUUUUUGUAAAGGAGAUGGGAAUUGUGGUUCUCAGUCUAUAGGAAACUUCUGGGCACAGGAAAAUCCUGUACUGCCAGCACAUAUAUGCCUUGUUCUGACUUGUGAGGCAUACAGCCCUUGGUCGUAUGUAUUCAACCAUCUUCCAGUAUCAACCGCACCCUGCAAAAACUUAUACUUAUGGCUGUUCCUUCCCAACUGAGAGAGAUAGAUGAGGUGUAAAGCCCAUCCUUUAGCUAAUUUGCUGCCAGAAUUUCAAGGCUGUGGUUGAACAGAUGUAAACAUUGCCCAGCAUCUAUUUUUCCCCUUUGUUCAGUAUUUAAAUCAGAGUUUUAACUAGUAAGGCUCGCUUACGCAGGUCACUGAUGAGACUCUGUCUUUUUUGUGAGGCCUGUUCUGCAACUAUAACUCAGUUCUGAAUUAAAAUUGAAAUCUACAGGGGGUAAUUAUAUAGACAAGUGCAGAGAUAAACUUGAGAACUGAAGAAGAUGAGGGAUGACAGUAGGCUCUUUAUCUUCUUGGUCGCUACGAGGGUUCAGAAACACGACAGUUUCAGCUAAGAGGGAGCUUAGGAAUGCAACAGAAAGUGGGACACUCUUCUGAAGUAUCCGAUUUUAGAUUUAAGCUGUCUGGACGUGUGAUGCCUACAUGGCCCCAGCCUUUAUUUUGGGAAGCUACAGUAUGGGUCACGAGUGAGAGAGCUGAUUUAACAAAUGAAUAUGAAAAAAGCCUGGCAGAGCUCCAGAAAUUUUCACAUUGUGAUGAAGUAUGCCAUCCCACAAGAUUUUUUUCACAGCUGCUCUGAGAUUUUGUUCAAUAAAAGUUAGUCUAGAAUUGUGCAUAA